GUUUGUUUCUGGCAUGUGAUUAUUGCCUCGCUGGCGAUGCAAAGUGGACUUGGCAAGUUUCGCUCUUGAAUAAUAAAGGAGUUAUCGCUUCCUUUGACUCUGGUCUUUCUCCCUCUGCCCCGUAACUGACACAAUGGAUCACGAGAGGGUCUCUGGUCUGCGUUCUCAUCCUGCGCUGUCGGUAUCGCUCCCUCAUUGUGUCCCGCCCUGCUUGCCAUCUUGUCUCCGUCCUCUCUCAUCUUCUACAACGCCGUCAUCGUCCUCGACGUCUUCGUCCGGGGCGCCUAACGACGCUGAGGACCUUGAAGAUGUGUGUGGUGAUCGCUCCGUCCUUUUGCUGCACCUCUCUCGUGCAGAGAAGACGAGCGGAUUGCCGUCGAGUCCUGCACAUCAUGGUCAUUUUCCUAAUCCUUUCCUCGCUCAAACACCCUUCUUUGGGAACCUCGGCUGCGUCUCCGCUGUUGUUUGGGCGAUUGGCGACGAACCACCAGAGUUGACACCAGAAGCCCUUAGGUUGCACAAGCCUCCGGAAACUCCGGAAUUUCUCAUCACCAAGCGUCUUGUGCGCAUCGGCGGAAGCGAAAUUCCCCCAGGCGUGAGUGACGCUCUGCUGCGCAUGACGCCAGGCGAUCUUGUUCGGGUGUUCAUUCAUCCCGACAAGGGGUUCAAGGAUGUGUAUCCGAGAACGCUUCGGCAAGCAGUAACCGAAGACGACUUUUUUCUUGCCGACAUCUGUCUCCACUAUUGGACUCUCUUCGAGAACCUCACCCCAUCCCCUUUGCUUGCUUCGUGUCCUCUCAACCAGGCGCUUCCUUGGGCGUCGCCACCUCCGCUUGCGCGAUUUGCAUCCUCUCCGGGAUCGUCUCAACUCUGCCGUUCUUCCCCUUCUUCAACAGCCCCCGUCAGGGAAGCCGGCGAGAAUCCGGGGGAAGCAGGGACAGAGCAGCACCGAGUAAAAAGCGGAGACAACGAGGAAGGAGGGAAAGAAGCUGGGGUGGACAUAUAUCCGAAGAACUUGGUCCUUUUUUUUGCCUACGACCGAUUGAAACGGGACAAUUGCAAGACGAACAUCUGGCGAGAUGCGGCAUCGAACAUUUCGUUCUCUUAUCACACCUUCACUGGGCCUUCUGCAACAGACUCCCUCGACCUCGCGCGUGUUCAGGUUGCGUAUGCUCUUCCGCGUCCUCAUAGCCGGUCUUCAUCUUGUUCGCCUUCACCUCCUCCCUCGCCGGCUCCCGCUACUGCUCCUCGCCACCCUGACGCCACCAGCCCUGGACGCACAUCUCCUGUUUCGUCUCCACCCUCUUCAACCCGGUCUCCUGCCUUGUUUCAUGCGUCUGCAACAACCUUGGAAGAAGACGAAACCACCCCAGAAGUGUUUGAGUUUCUCCUCGACGAAGAGGAAGCCCCUUACCGCGGGAUUGAAAUCCUCGUCAGGAGCCUGCGCGUUGGUCAAGCCGGAGACGCUUGGCUCUCUGGUCAGUUUGCUGAACCCGGGGAAAUGGCGGGGAACGGACAGAAGGAAGGGAGAGCGAGCAACUGCGAGGGAGAAAGGAGCGAAAUUGCUGGAGACGAGGGAGUGAGGAGGGCAGAAGAUCAACAAGGAGACAGAGACAGAGCACGGGAAGUGAGUGAGAAAGAUGGUCAAGAACGAGAAACGACAGCUGCUGGGCAGCACGGAGAAGCUGCUGUGGACCACCGAAACCAGGAAGCAGGGUACGCCGAAAAGAGUGGCGACAAAGCUGGAUCUUCCUGUGCAGAACAGUCUACAACGAAGAAGCGCGUAGGCAAAGCUGCAUAUGACACAGACCAGGAAAAACUCCCUCAUUUGUCCGCUGCGAGCGGUGGACCAUCAACAGCCGGCUGUCCGGUGCAGAUCGCCCCGGGAGAAAAACGAGCACACAAACAGGAAGACGACGCUGAGUCACAUGGGUGUAACGCCAGUGAACGACAGGGUGAAGAUGAAGAAGAAACUGGAAAAACAACGGACGAUGCUGAAGCGCAAAAAUCAACAGAUGGCUCUCCUCAAUGCUGUCGACUUCUCCGAGGCUUUGUGGUGCGAGGCGUCUAUCCACUCCCCGAGCCUCACCACCUGGCCACGCCAGAAAAGAAAAUUUCGAUGGCGAAAUUCAUUCGUGAAAACGGAAAUGGCUGGUUUAGAAAACGCGAUUUUCCGCGCGCUCUCCGAAGAUACCUCAUGGUACGCUCAAGGGAUAUUACUAUAUUGUCGUCGCUGCUAUAUUUGUACGCAGGCACAUUCAAAAAUACAGACACAUACUUGUAAACACUGAAACUUCCGGUGGAUAUGUUGGCAGUGAGUUGGAUCCCCAUUUGUGAACGAAGAAAGUCCUCAAGGAGGAUCCCGUAAAUGUCAAAGGUCUGUGGCGGCUCUCUGUCGCAUUAGCAGGACAGGAAGACUAUUUGGAAGCCGAGAAGAUUGCUCGUCAGGCUCUUACUGUCCAACCUCAGAGCUCGGAGAUACUGCAGUGGCUCAAGUGCUUGAAGAGACGAGGAAAAGUACAAGACGAACGGCUGCUUGGGGGUUUCAAAGGCAUCUUCUGUUCGUCCGAGAAAGGUGAAAUAGAGGCAACCAACUAGGCGUAAGACUCCGCCAUGUCCCUUUCGCCAAGUCCCUAAUGAAAGCCUGAACUUUUGCUGUUACUGAGAGGAAGUGUGACAAAGCGCUUGUUUGAGCGUGCCAUGAUAUGGAGACAUUUUUUGAGAAAGAGAGGAACACAUGUGAUGUUCGUGCAGUUGGUGCUGGUCUCACAGUCUGGUAAUUAGGAUGCUUAAGGUCCUACUACUGGAGCCGAGUUACGGCCACUGCACCGGUUCAAACCAACGCCAUUUAACACUGAUAGGCUGUGUUGACCGUUUAAUACUCUUCACAGCUUAUCUGUUCCUGCGUUUUGCGAAUGAGGAUUGUAUGAGGACAGCUGAAGCUAGACUCCUGGCAACGUGCACGAAUGUCGCGCGCUCUCGUGUAACCAACUAAAACAGAUUCGCUUGUCAAAAAUUAAUUCGAGUAACGCGUAUUGAAAUGCACGUGAAUUUGAACAAAUGAAUCACAAACAUCUCGACGACUCGUGCCAAGGCAUACCGACAUCC